AUGGAUCCGCGCGUGGCCUGGAUCCAGCCCGAGCAGAAGGGGCCGGCCAAUGCCCUGUGGAUGCAGAUCUGGGAGACGUCGCAGGGCGUGGGCCGCGGCGGCUCGGGCUUCGCGUCCUACUUCUGCCUCAACUCGCCGGCGCUCGACACGGCGGCCGCGGCGGGCCCGGCCGGGCGGGGCGGCGGAGCCCCGGGCCCCGCGCCACCCUCCUCCGCGCCGGGCCCCGCCGCGCUGCUGACGGCGCUCGGGCCCGCGGCCGACAGCGCGCGGCGCCUGCACAAGUCGCCCUCGCUGUCGUCGUCGUCGUCGUCCUCGUCCAACGCCGAGUCGGGCACCGAGAGCCCCGGCGGCUCGUCGUCGUCGUCCGGCAGCGCCUCGCUGGGCCGCGCGGGCGGUGGUGCCUUCUUCAGCUUCGCGGACGGCACGCCCGGCGCCGCCGCUGCCAACGCCAACGGGCGCCCGGGGGCCCCGCGCGGCUCGGCGCCGCAGCACCAGUUCCACCCGGGCCGGCGGAAGCGCGAGAACAAGGCCAGCACCUUCGGGCUCAACUACCUGCUGUCGGGCGGCCGCGCGGCCGCGCUGAGCGUGGGGGGCGGCCCCGGGGCCCAGGCGCCGCGGCCCGGCACGCCGUGGAAGAGCCGCGCCUACAGCGCGGGCAUCCAGGGACUUCAUGAGGAAAUAAUUGACUUUUAUAACUUCAUGUCCCCUUGUCCUGAAGAAGCAGCCAUGAGAAGAGAGGUAGUAAAACGGAUCGAAACUGUGGUGAAAGAUCUGUGGCCAACAGCUGAUGUGCAGAUAUUUGGCAGCUUUAGUACAGGUCUUUAUCUUCCAACAAGUGACAUAGACCUGGUCGUCUUUGGAAAGUGGGAACGUCCUCCACUACAGCUGCUGGAACAAGCCCUGCGGAAGCAUAACGUGGCUGAGCCGUGUUCUAUCAAAGUCCUUGACAAAGCUACAGUGCCGAUCAUAAAACUCACAGACCAGGAGACAGAAGUUAAAGUGGACAUUAGCUUCAACAUGGAGACUGGCGUCCGCGCGGCAGAAUUCAUCAAGACUUACAUGAAGAAAUACUCACUGUUGCCAUACUUGAUCUUGGUGUUGAAACAGUUCCUCCUACAGAGGGACCUGAAUGAAGUCUUCACAGGUGGGAUUAGCUCCUACAGCCUCAUCUUAAUGGCCAUCAGCUUUCUGCAGUUACAUCCGAGAAUUGAUGCCCGGAGAGCAGAUGAAAACCUUGGAAUGCUUCUUGUAGAAUUUUUUGAACUCUAUGGAAGAAAUUUUAAUUACUUGAAAACUGGUAUUAGAAUAAAAGAAGGAGGUGCCUAUAUUGCCAAAGAAGAGAUCAUGAAAGCCAUGACCAGUGGGUACAGACCGUCGAUGCUGUGCAUUGAGGACCCCUUGCUGCCUGGAAAUGAUGUUGGACGAAGCUCCUACGGGGCCAUGCAAGUUAAACAGGUGUUUGACUACGCCUACAUAGUGCUCAGUCAUGCUGUGUCGCCACUUGCCAGGUCUUAUCCCAACAGGGAUUCUGAAAGUACCUUAGGAAGAAUCAUCAAAGUCACUCAGGAAGUGAUUGACUACCGGAGGUGGAUCAAAGAGAAGUGGGGCAGCAGAGUCCUUCCAUCUCCAGACAUGGACAAUAGGAUUAAGAUAAUGGAGAGAGUCAGCACGUGCAACGGGGAGCAGACACAGAACCAAGAGCCUGGGUCACCCUACAGCCAGCGCCUGACUUUGUCCCUGUCCAGUCCCCAGCUCCUCUCUUCAGGUUCCUCUGCUUCUUCUGUAUCCUCGCUUUCUGGAAGUGACAUUGACUCAGACACACCGCCCUGCACCACGCCCAGUGUUUAUCAGUUCAGCCUUCAAGCUCCUACAGCCCUGAUGGCCAGCCUGCCAGCCGCCUUGCCAAUACCCAGUGGCAAACCUCAGCCCACUGCUUCCAGAACGCUGAUCAUGACAAGCAACAAUCAGACCAGGUUCACCAUCCCUCCGCCCACCCUUGGGGUUGCUCCGGUUCCAUGUAGACAGACUGGUGUUGAAGGAACUGCAUCUUUGAAAGCUGUUCACCACGUGACUUCCCCAGCCAUCCCCACAGCACCAUCCAACCCGCUGUCCAGCCCUCAUCUCUAUCACAAGCAGCACAGUGGCAUGAAACUGUCCAUGAAGGGCUCCCACAGCCAUGCCCAGGGAGGCAGCUACAGCUCUGUGGGUAAUGGAGGUGUGCGGCCCCCCGUGGGCAACCGGGGACAUCACCAGUACAGUCGCGCUGGCUGGAGGAGGAAAAAGCAUGCACACACACGUGACAGUCUACCUGUGAGUCUCAGUAGAUAAUGGCUCCUGGCCCCACCAUCACAGACUGCCUGGUGGCCUUGGCCACUACAGGGGAACCAAGACCAGCAUUUAGCACCUCCACCUCGGGCUGCAAGUACUGCCCGCCACUGGUCACUCUGCAUGUUUCUCUGUUUGGUGGCCGCAUCCAUCUUACAGAACGGCUCCUUGUGCUCAUCUGUGAAGCCUUACUAAACGUGGAUGUGUGUCUGCUUGUCUAGAAGUCUUCGUCUGUGCCCAGCAGGGCAGGCUCGGAGCACAGGGCUCCAGAUGUGUGCUCUUUUGGCUUCGUGGGAGCCGAUCUGCUCUGGGCAGUUUGGAGCUCUUGUUUUAUGUCUGUCACAGCAGCAGAGGUGUCAAGCCCUGUUUUCAUGUCUUUCCAGCGGGGAGGGUAGAGGCCGUUGUUUUAUCGCCCUCACGUCUUGUUUGAAACUUUGGAACUGUUUUUCUAUGUAAAUAUCGAAAACAUGAUUUGUGCAAUAACUCAGAUAUUUUUUAUUUAAUUUCAUAUUUUCACAUAAGUUAUAUUUAAGGGAGGAGGGAAUUUUUUUUAAGCAGGUUUCGAUCCUUUCCCGAUUUGCAUUUUCUAAGUUGGGUUCAUCAUGUUGGCUGGUUGUCGGAGGAGCAUCAAUGCAAACACUGGUAGGAGGGGCUUGGGGGCUUGACUUUGAUGCCUUUUUUUUUUUUUUUUUUUUUUUUUUUUUGGUCAGACGCCAGCCAUCAUGAUAUCAUUGUGAUGGCUUCUGAGGCCUUGGGCACCUGGCCUCUGGUGCAUGCCUAGCAGCCCUGCCUUGAGCCUCAAGCUGUUGUCCUGCUCUGACAAGUUGUGACAUUUUGGUUUGGGGUUUUUUUUUUAACUAGACAACAAAUCCAGCAUUUAAAGUGCCAGAAGUAUAACUUUCUAGUGGGGGGAGAAGAUGUCACAUUAUAAAAUCUUUUAAACAUGUGAACACGUGAAUGCUUCAGUCCGUUUUAGUGACGUGGCCUGGGGAGCGUUGUUACAGACAACAGCACCCAGUUUUAGGAAUGUGGAGAAAGGAAUUUCAUUGAUUCCAUUGAGGAAUCGGCAUAGCGGUAUGCAUUCGUUCUGUUAAGAGCAAAUAUCUGAACAGUACCUCCGCUGCUCAGGGCAUGUGGGGAGUAUUCUAAUGCAUCCCAGGAGAGCACAGCCCAGCGUGGGCCCAGGAGCACUGGGGCCCGCUAUCAGAAGCAUACAGGUAUACUAUGCAAGUGUAUUCUGCCACCACAGCCACUGUCUUUGUUACCUUUUUGAACAACAGUAUAUCCAUCCUGCCUAACUGAGGUUUUGCAGCAUCACAGUUGUCCUGAGAGUGGCUUGCAUCUUGUAGGCGCUGUGAUUCCCAAUUUUAAAGUAGAAGUUGUGGCCCUGCUAAACACUACAGGUAGGCUGAUCUUUGAAGUCCACCAGUGGAGAAGAUGGAGACAAGAAGCUGAUUGCCAUACUGUCUGAUUGAUGUGCAGCCGUGGCCGUUCUAGAUCGAUGUCUGAGUGUGAUGGACACCUAGCAAGGAUGAGCUCUGUGUUCUGAGUUUGCCUCUUCAAGUAGCACAGACCUGGAUUAUGGGGCUGUUGACUCCAGGAGGCAUCCGGAUCAUAGCAGCACUAGGGCCUACCAUUUGUGAGGAUUGGGAUCAUUCAGAAUAUUUAAGAAUACUUAAAUUGUGAACCUAUUUCUAAAGCAUAUUUACAAACACUGAUCCAUAGGCCUGUACUAAUCUUUACACAUUAGCAAUAUUGAUUGUAACCUACAUCAAAGGAAACCACUGCAGGGACUACAGGAAUGUCCCAUAGAUGUGCAUUUUAAAGUUCUACCCAUAGAAACAGGUACUAUGUCCAUCCCUGUUACGGUGAACCAAAUGAAUUGGCCUGGCUACCACUGUGGCUGCAUGCUACAGAUUUAACAGAAGAUAUCAUGUUUCAAUUUUUUUGUGUGUGGACAACAAUGUGGACACUAAAAUUGACAUAUUUUUAUGUAAAGUUUUUCUAUUCUUUGAUUUUUAAUAAACUUUAGAAACAA